UAACAAACCGGGUGCAUGGAUCCUGACGAAACAAGCUUUGCCAAAGAUCACGACAGCAAAAUUUUUCAGGGGUCUUUCCAAGGUCAAUAUUUCAUGGUGCGCUCGCGGGCUCACGGUCACUUCCUCCAUUUCCACGAAUUCUGCAUGGAACAGCUGCAGGGUAAUCACGCAAAUGGUAUUCACACGUGGAGGAUGGCACGACAGACAACGCUUCCUGAACACAGCUCAAUGGAUCCAUCCGAAAGAUCACUGCGUACAGAAACAACUCCCCAAAUUGACUACGCGGUUUCACAGACUGCCAAGAUCCACCGAGAGAAACCACGCGAGUCGAGGUCUUCUGCCUGGCUUUUCAUCGUGAAAUGUCUCUUCGGCGCUUUCUUGUUUGUUUGCGUCUUGGUUUGCCUAAUUGCCAGUAAACUUUCUCUUUUGUCAAUUGCCUCAUAUUACCAAGGAAACCAUUCGAAAAGCAGUUUUGAAAGGGAAACCUUGUUCAUCAUGAUUGUUCUGCUUCUAAUGAUACCGGAAGUUUACACGCUUUUGAAGGCUAGUUGGACAAGUCUCUUUUCCAAAACUCACAAGUGGCCGUGCAGGAAAGCUGUUUUUUUGGGUUUGUUUUCUUCCCUGCUGGAAGUUUUUGGCCUUUGCUUCUUUGGCAUUGUUGUGCUUCUUGAUCAAAGCAUCCACCCUGGUCUGCGUAUAGUUAUGAUGAAUGGAGUGUUUUUUGUUCCAGUACUGUGGCAAGUCUUCAGAAGUCGAGGGUGCCAAGCUCAAGGCUCCUGGGGACAAUGUUUUAUAUUCAUUCUUGCACUAAUCCUGGAGUUUGCAGGAAUUGGAAUGCUUACCUUCAAGAUGUCAAGAGAGUCAUCAAACACUCCAUUUUGGGGUGUUCCCCUGGCUCUCAUAGCUGUAUCAUUUGCAUGGAACCCAGAGAUUUUUAAGAUUGUGACUGAACCAGUUCAAAACCAUCCAAAUUCUGGUCUAGAUGGGCUAUCAACCAGUCAGCCAUCGACAAAUGUUGAAAAUGGUGGGUUGUCUCUUCCUCAAGGUGAAACAGUACUUGGUAUGGUCACCCGCUCAAAAUCUGCACGUGGGAAGGCAGCAAUCAUCAGCAGCUUGUGGAAGCUUUUUUUGAUUCCCUUUGUGGCAGCUUUGUAUUGUUCUAUAUUUCAAAUAGCAGACUUGAAAGGAUUACAGGAAGGGUUUGACAAUUUCAGUGUUGACAGUAAAGAAUUUGUUCCCUUUAUGGUGCAGAUAUGGACAAGCUUUCUUGGGUAUAUGCUUGGCAUCUUGGCUUGUGCAAUGUGCAUGCAGCUUCUUGCUUUUGCAGUGCCUAUGAUUCUUGCAACACCUAUUUCAGUUGGCCUGACUUUGAUCAGUAAUGGAUGGGCAAAGGAUCAUAUAUUUCAUUUUGAGCCUGGUGAUCCAAAAGAUGUUCUGCUCUAUGUUAUCACUGGAUGUUUCCUGCUUGCACAGUUUUUUUCAGUGGGCUACUACGUGCUGAAAGGUCAAGAUAUUACAAUGGCGAAGGAAUCAAGCUUGUUUUGGAUGCCAACAUACAAUGGAGUAUUCUUGGAGCAACAUCUUCUUUUAAAUAGAAGGAAUGAGAUCACAGAUGACUAUCAUGUUGACCUUGCAGAACUGGUGAAGAAUUCAUGUGUGUACAUUUGCACCACCAUGUACCACGAAAAUGAACAAGAAAUGGAACAACUGCUUAAUUCACUGCAUGACAUUGACUGUGCGAGGGAAAAAUCAAGGCGGCAAAUUGAGUCGCAUAUAUUUUUUGAUGGAGCUGUCAAAGGAGAUGUUUUGAAUAACUAUGUUUUGCAGUUAAUUUCACUAAUUCCAAAGGCACUGAAAGUUUCAAUUGAGGUGUGUAUGAAGCUGAAAACACCAUAUGGAAUGCAGAUGCGUUGGAGACUUCCAGGUGGAAUGUUUUUUCACAUCCAUUUGAAAGAUAAUUUAAGGGUAAAGAACAAGAAACGCUGGAGUCAAGUCAUGUACAUGUCAUAUGUGUUAGAUUUUAAAGAAAAGCUUAUGGAAGUGACAGAUGAAAACACCUACAUACUGACCACAGAUGCUGAUGUGAGGUUUACGCAUGAAUCAGUAGAGGCGCUACUUGAUCUUAUGGUGCGAGAUCCUAACGUGGGCGCCGUUUGUGGCAGAACACAUCCCUUGGGUGUUGGACCGAUUGUCUGGUACCAGAUCUUUGAUUAUGCAAUUGGACACUGGUUCCAAAAGGUGGCUAACCAUGUCCUUGGAUCUGUUCUGUGCUCACCUGGUUGUUUCAGUGUUUACAGAGCCGCUGCAAUCAGGGACGUGCUACCCAUAUAUUCCUCCAAAGUUGACACAUCAUUCGAUUUCCUCACCAAAGACAUGGGUGAGGAUCGAUGGCUUUGUACUCUGAUGGUUCAGUCAGGCUGGCGUUUAGACUAUUGUGCGGCAGCUGAAGAUAGCACCUUCUGUCCAGACAACUUUGACGAAUUCUUCAAACAAAGGCGGCGUUGGAUUCCCUCGACUUUAGCUAAUCUGGCCCUUGUUAUCAGUCAGUGGAAACUAACUAUAUCAAACAACUAUAUUUCAAUUGCAUUUAUUCUCUACCAGGCGUUGAUGGUCUUCUCCACAAUUAUCAGUCCUUCGACGGUUAUUCUGAUCAUGGCGUCUGGUAUGGUGUUUGCACAAUUUCCAAUUUUCAGCGAAACUGCAAUACUCGUUCUUCUGAUCCUUACCUCUGUUGGUUAUGCUUUGAUUUGUCUCUACACCUCGCAAGACUUCCAGCUAAAAGUUGCUUUUUUGUUAACAAUGGUGUUUGCAUUGCUGAUGGCUUUUGUGACAGUGGGCGUAGCCGCACAAGUCGCUGAUGACCUCUACGACCGUUCGCAUCCAACUACUUCACCUCCAACUACUUCACCAGUGACUCAGCCAGUAAGAUCCAUAGUUCAGUCAACUAAGCUAACCGCCGUUGGUCUUUCCCACUCCCCACUUCCCACUGAUACAUGGCAGCACCUCCCUACUCCAAAGCCAUGGCUUGCUGAGACGAUUACAAAUGCUACCACGGCUAGCUCUCCCACCGAGAAUGCUGGACCCAAGCUUCCCGCUAAUGUAAGCUCUCUGUAUUUGGGUGGCUUGAUUGGAAUAUUCGUUUUAGCUGCCUUACUGCAUCUUACUGAAGCAUAUUGUUUGAUCCAUGGCUUGUGGUACUUGUUCUGCUUACCGUCUGGGUAUCUGCUGCUCAUCAUUUACUCUAUUUGUAACCUGACGGAUCGUUCCUGGGGUACAAGAGAAGAGAAAAUUAAAAAGGUGGACGAUGUUCCUUGGUAUGAGAAGUUGUGGGCAAAGAUCAGAUCCAUUUGCAUAUGCUGCGGACCACAACCAGCGCCUCAGCCUGCCGUCACUGACAGGGUCGAUGGGCCUCCAACAGACUCAGAACCUCCGACUUCUCCAGAGGAGACUGAUUCGGACGCCGCCCCUCCCGUUCAGGAAAAUGCUGACAGUGGGUCAGAUGGUGCAUCAGCUUCCUCUUUAGGAAGCGGUAAACUUGUGGACGAGCCACCUCCCAAGUCAGCCAUGAAGCAGCCGCUGGUGCGUCGGCCUUCUGCACCUCGUGAUGGCCUGAAAGAGGACAGCGGUCGCCUGGGUAAGUGGCGCUAUCCGGGGGACAAAAAAGUCACAUUUGCUUCCAAGCUUCCACGGUUGCACCCUGAGACUCUAGUGGAGGACUGGCUUCAAAGAGAAUUUCAAAUUUACGCGAACAACUUCAGAGACGGUGGUUAUGAUAGCGUCAGCUUCAUCGUUGGUAUGACAGACAAGCACUUGAAAGCCAUCGGAAUUGAGAAACGUGGUCACCGAAAGAAGUUGUUGAUGGAAAUUGAAAAACUACCCCAAAUAGAUAUUCCUCAGGAAGUUCCGGAAAAUGUCGAGGACUGGUUAAAUGAGCUGGGACUUGAUGAAUACUGGACUAAUUUCACUCAGAGCGGCUACACCGAACCUAGAAUGUUAGAAGAUCUAAAAAUUAUGAACAAGGAAACGUUGAAAGAGACCUUCGGAAUAACCAAACCAGGCCACCUUGAUAAGCUAUACAAGGCGAUCCAGAAAGUCCAGUACCCAACUGAAGCUCAGAGAAGAAUUCGUCACACUCGUGAAGAAACGAACAAAUUGCAGGUCAUGGAUUUAAAAGUGGAUAAUCAAGACAGUGGCUAUGAAUACGAAUUUUGGGAAGGUCUGCGUCAACUUUGUCUCUUACCUGAGUCAGCUGUGUUUGGGGCCGUCGAGGAACUCAAAGAGAAGCUUGAAGAUCUCCGUAAUUACACUCUGAUGGUUUUCUUAAUUGCAAACGGGAUGUGGAUUAUUUUGAUCUUGGCUCUAAUGAGACAGAGUCACUUGCAGGUCUUGGGAACCAACGUGCUGGGUCUCGCGUUUCUCUGUGUUUACGGACUCAUCAUUGUGAUUCAGUUCUUGACCUUACUAUGGCACCGAGUCGAGACGUUUUUCCACGUGAUUGCGCGCGCACCGUGGAGGCGUGGUCAGAUGCAUAUGUCGUGGGCGUUUGAUGAUGAGAAUCUGCCUCCUCCUCCCACUGAAGCUGACUUGGCGCGAGUUCGUAAAAAAGCAAGAAGACCUCGCAGGCCUCGCACCCGACGGUAUUCGAACCAGCCAAGUGUAUCAACUGAUGAGAGAGGAAGCCUCCUGUCAGAUGGUAGACCGUCUUCGAGUUACGGCUCGAGGGAACGAGAUAUACCCCAUCUGGUUUAGCUCCAGCUUGUGUCUGGGACAUUGAAUAUAGAACAUCCUAGAGCUUCAUAAAAAUGGGAACAGUACAGAUUACUUGGGCUAAAGGACCAAGUUAAGUUGAACUGGGCUUCAAUGUAGGAAGUGGAGCUUUACUUGUUCUAGGAGCAACAAAUUGUGUUCGCGAAAAUAAGGCUCUCUUAAUAACGCAAUUUUAUCCGAGACAAUUUUGAUUUAUUUUGGUCAGUGGAACUGAUUCAGAGGUUAAUAGUAGUUGGCUGUUGUUUAUCAAAGUUUCUUGCUCAGGGCGAUUUCCCUGGAAACUUAAACAUGAUUUUUACUGCUCUUUUCAUCAUGUGAAAAAUUUAAAUUGAUCCGGACUGCCGCAUCAGAUGCACCGGCGCAUAUUUCAGGCGCUAUUAUUGAUUCAAUAGCGCCCCACUGUAGAAAAAGAAAACGUUUAAAGAAGACAAUCAUCUAUACAGAAAUGAAAUGACGUUUCCAGAACAGUUUCCAAUACUUUAUUCGGUGACAGCAGGAAAAAAAUUCCGUUUUCUGGUAAAACGUCAAUUUUAAUUAUGAAUCGAGAUUUUUUUCAAACUAGAUAACUGUUUACUCUGAAAUGUUAUGAAAUAAUAUCUUGUAGAAUUGUUACUGCUAAGAGGAGGUUUUAAUGAUUCCAGACUACAAUUUUUCGAAAACGUUGAGAGGAGACAAUUAACCGUACAGAAAUUAAAUGACGUUUCCAUGACAGUUUCCGAUGCUUUAUUCAACGAGAUACCUCGAAAAAAUUCCCGUUUUUAGUAAAAUGUCAACUUCAGUUAUAAAUCGUAAUCUUUCAAACUAGGUAACUUUUUAAUCUGAUUUAUUACUUCUCAUGAAAUCAUAUAUUCUAGAAUUUUUACCACAAGUAUUUCUUAUUAAAAUUUAUAAUAAAGUUCAGAUAUAA